CAAUGAUGUCAUUAAAUUAAUUCAAGUAGACGGUAAUUGCAAUAUGCAAUUAAUUAGCAGCAUAAAGUUUAGUCAAUAGUUGAAAGAAUCCAAAUAUAGUGACACAAUAAACAAGGUUUAGGACAUAUAAUAAAGUUUAGAAAAGCAAGCAGAGAAUGUGGACGCAUAAAUAGAUGUCGGUUUGCGAUAACCCAAAGUCGCACGCGUCCACACAACAUUAGAUCAUCAAAAAUCAUAACCUUCAAUUCCUCGAACUAACAAAAUCAUCCCCUCCGCCGCAACCGACGCACCUCUUCCGCCGCCGCCGCAUCAGAUGCUUCCCGCCUCCGACUCACCUCCGCUCUACUCAAAACCCAAAACCCCCGACAUUUUGGACCACCGUAAAGUUUCCUACCUAGCCUCCCUGAAACCCUACUUCUCCCUCCACCACCGCCGCACAUGGUUCUUUCUCGCCGUCCUCCUCCUCCAGCUCCUCCUCCUCCUCUCCGCACCUUCCCUCCCCUUCUCACUCUCCCCCCGCUCCUCCCCGGCCCUCAAUUCCGCUAACUCCACUUCCGCCGACACAAUUCUUGAUUCUUCGGCGAUCUGCCCGCACGGAAAAGUCUAUGUCUACGACCUCCCUCCGCAAUUCAACACCGAAAUCGUGAAAAAUUGCGACGACAUAAACCCCUGGUCGUCCCGAUGCGACGCCCUCUCCAACUCGGGCUUCGGCAUAUCCGCCGCCGGCGGAAUUUCAAGAAUUGUGCCGGGAGACGUGAGCGGCGCGUGGUUCUGGACCGACCAAUUCUCCCUGGAGCUCAUCUACCACAACCGGAUGCUCAAUUACCGGUGCAGGACGGCGGAGCCCGAAUCCGCCAGAGCGUUCUAUAUCCCAUACUACAUCGGGCUCGCAAUUGAAAAGUCUCUGUUCAACAAGACCUCGACGACGGCGGAGCGCGACCGGCACUGCAAUAUGAUGCUGGAUUGGGUGGGCGAUCAGGCGUUCUUCAAGAAAUCCGGCGGGUGGGACCACUUCAUCACGAUCGGCCGCAUCUCGUGGGACUUCCGGCGCUCUCGGCAGAGCAGUUGGGGCUCCAGCUGCUUCUACAAGCCGCAGAUGCGUAACAUCACGCGCCUCCUCAUCGAGAAGAACCCCUGGGACUACUUCGACGUCGCCGUGCCGUACCCGACCGGUUUCCACCCCGGUUCGGCCGCCCACGUCUGGGCCUGGCAGGACUUGGUCCGCAGCCGCCAGCGCCGCACGCUCUUCUCCUUCGCCGGAGCCACGCGGGGGUUCAUCAAGAACGAUUUCCGGGGGAUCCUGCUGAACCAGUGCUACUCCGAACCGGGUUCGUGCCGGGUCGUCGACUGCGGCGGUUCCAAGUGCGCCAACGGCAGCUCCGCCAUAUUGGAGGCGUUUCUCGACUCGGAUUUCUGCUUGCAGCCCAGAGGAGAUAGCUUCACUCGGCGGUCGAUCUUCGACUGCAUGCUGGCCGGUUCGAUCCCGGUUUUUUUCUGGUACCGAACCGCCUACUUGCAGUACAAGUGGUUCUUGCCGGCUGAACCGGAAACUUACUCGGUUUUCAUUCACCGAAAUGAGGUAAAAAAUGGGACAUCCAUUGUCGAGGUACUUAAUAAGAUUAGUAAAGAAAAGGUGAAAGAAAUGAGGGAAAAAGUGAUUGAAUAUAUUCCGAAAAUUGUAUAUGCGAAUAAUAAUAAAGGUUUGGAGGGUAUGAAUGAUGCAUUUGAUGUGGCUUUGGAAGGGGUUUUGAGCAGAGUGAAGGAGCAAGCACAAGGGUACAAAUGGAAAUGAAAAGAAAGUAUUUAUUUAUUAUUGAUAGAGGCUACAAUGAUUUUUUGUAAUUUAUAUUAUUAUACUCUAGGUUAGAGGGGGGAAUUCGAAGGUUGGUGGAGUUGAUUGUGUAUAGCAGUGUAAUAUUUUUGUAUCACUGCAUAAUGAUACGAUUAUAUUUAGAAUAAGAAUUGUAGUUUGGAAUUAUUUAUAUAAUAAUCCGCGUGUGUGUUUUAUGGAA